CAUCUAGAUUGUUGACGUGUGCUGCUGCGUGUCAUUUCACGGUUUUUCACCCCCGCAAGCCGGCGACUUUUCAGCUCAGCUCAGGACAGGAUUGGAUUUGGAUUUGGCGACCAUGGCGGAGGAAGUGCUCGGAACCGUGAAGGAGGUGCUCAAGGGCAUCAUCGAGAAUGUGAGCGCGCCGAAGAACGAGUCGGCGCCCGCGGAGAAGAAGCCCUCGACGCCGGAGGGCAUGGCUGUGGCCUACAGUAGCCUGGUGGUGAUGGCCAUGCUGCCCAUCAUCUUCGGCUCCAUUCGCUCGGUGAAGCUGCACAAGCUGAAGAAGUCCACGGGCGAGAAGGCCGACACGAUGACCAAAAAGGACGCCAUGUACUUCCCGCUGAUCGCCUCGUGCGCCCUCUUCGGGCUGUACCUGUUCUUCAAGAUCUUCCAGAAGGUGCACAUCAACUACCUGCUCACCGGCUACUUCUUUGUGCUGGGCGUGAUUGCGCUGGCGCACUUGCUCAGCCCGGUGAUCAACUCGCUGAUGCCGGCCGCCGUGCCCAAGGUGCCCUUCCACAUCCUGUUCACCAAGGGCGAGGGCAAGCACAAGGAGGACAUCGUGAACUAUAAGUUCUCCACGCACGACAUCGUCUGCCUGGUGAUCUCCUCGGCGAUCGGUGUGUGGUACCUGCUGAAGAAGCACUGGAUUGCCAACAACCUGUUCGGCCUGGCAUUCGCCAUCAACGGCGUGGAGAUGCUGCACCUGAACAACUUUGUGACGGGCGUGAUCCUGCUGAGCGGGCUGUUCUUCUACGACAUCUUCUGGGUGUUCGGCACCAACGUGAUGGUCACCGUGGCCAAGAGCUUCGAGGCGCCCAUCAAGCUAGUGUUCCCCCAGGACCUGAUCGAGAAUGGCCUGAAUGCCUCCAACUUCGCCAUGCUGGGACUGGGCGACAUCGUCAUUCCGGGCAUCUUCAUUGCCCUGCUGCUGCGCUUCGACGACAGCAAGAAGCGCAAGACGCGCAUCUACUUCUACUCCACCCUGAUCGCCUACUUCCUGGGCCUGCUGGCCACCAUCUUCGUGAUGCACGUGUUCAAGCACGCGCAGCCGGCGCUGCUCUAUCUGGUGCCAGCCUGCAUGGGCACCCCGCUCCUGGUGGCCCUCAUCCGCGGCGAGCUGAAGGUGCUCUUUGCAUACGAAGACCAUCCCGAGGAGAAACCGGAAAAGAAGGAGAAGAAGGAAAAGGAUGAGGGCACCAGCUCGUCCAGCAGCAAAAAGAAGGAGUCAAAGAAGGGCAAGUAAAGCCAGUUUGGACGCUCCCCGAACAGCAUCUCCAUCAUUCGUUCCAUCGCAACAUGUCUUCUGCAGCUAGCCAAGCUCCACUCUCUAUCGCAAUCCGUUUCUGCUACGGCACACCGCUACAAAAGACUAUUCACUUAUUGAGUUUUAGCUACGUUCCUUGGCCAGGCACAACAACCUUAUUUAGUUUGAUUAGGUUACAAUUGUAGAAAAUUACUUGUCAACUUUUUUACCAGAAUCAAAUUUAAAUGUAGAAUUCUAUUAAUUUAUGUGGCUCCGCGCAGAGGAGGCGUACAUUUAAGAAAGAACAGUUUAUAUACAAAUAUAUUCCAAUUUUUUGUAAAACAGCCCCUUCUCCAAUAAAUCCGUUAAAAGGUA